CUUCAAAGUAAAAGGUUUAAUAAUAUUCUUGCUGAGUAAAUGCAUAGUACAUCUAAUUAAAUUGUAAGCUUAUUGAUAUAAGAUUAAAUCAUCAAUCAUCUCUUUUUGUCAUUGGUUUAAUAAAUGUAAAAAUAAUGAUGAUUUCAAUGAAACAGCUAAUUCUAGUAAUUCCAGUACUUGUCUUUUUUAGUCCAGUUUCUGGGUCGUAUGAUGACAAACGAUGCAAAUGUGUUUGUCCACGGCCAGCAGCACUAAACAGCACUAUUGGUUCCGAUCGUACCCUUUAUAUUGGAAAUGUGCCACCUAACAAAUGUAAUUGUGAUGGAAUCAUUCUUCCCCGUGUUGGAGAGUUGAUUAAAGGACGUGAACAAGAAUUCUGUCCACAAUGUGAAUGCAUUUAUGAGAAUAGAAACACAACAAUAAUUCAGGUUGUUGUUAUUAUAGUUGUAUGGGUGAUAAUGUUACUUGUGGCAUACAUGGGAUUCUUAAUCUGUCUUGACCCUUUAAUAAACAAGAGAGCUAAGGCAUCAUACCAGGAACAUACAAAUGAAGAUGAUGAGGGUACACUUGGUGGGCCAUCUCAACAGAUGGGUGCUCGUGGCAAUGUUCUCAACCGUGUCACCCAUCAACAAGACAAAUGGAAGAGACAAGUUCGCGAACAGAGGCGUAAUAUUUAUGAUAGACAUACCAUGUUGAAUUAGAUCUGUAGCAAGUUCUACCAUACAUAUGUUACCAUACAUAGUUCAACAUAUGUUACAUUAUGUACUACUUUAUCUUUGUAGCUAUCACAUUGCUGCUAUCUAAAAUCUUGAUAUGUUAAUAAGUCUAUUUGUAAACAUACCAAUCUGAAUUUGUUAAGAAAAGUUUUUAAACAAAUUUGAUGUAUGUUUAUAUAUGGUGAUACAUUAAAGAUAGUUUAGGCUAACUAUUUCAUGUUUUGAACAUUAAUAAAGGCAUUUCUUACUGCAAAAAAAAUAUUAU